AAAAUUCUCUAAUGAAUAGAACAGCAUUGACGCUCACGAACAAGAACAGUCCCGAAAUUCCAGCCAAAACCAGAUAAUCUUGUGUCAUUAUCCUCCCUUUCUAGCCUUAUAAAUACACUUAUUUCACAUUCUUUCAUUGUCUGAGAUCAGAAACAAACCGAGUGAGAAAGAAAGCAUGUCUGGAAUCAUGCACAAGAUUGAAGAGAGCUUUGGAGGGCACAAAAAAGAUGAAGAACACAAAGGAAACCCCCAUGAUGAACACAAAGGUGAACACAAAGGCGAUCACAAGCAAGAGGGUGGCUUUAUGGACAAGAUGAAAGACAAGUUUCAUGGUGAUGAACAUAACAAGGGUCAUAAUAAAGAAGGGCACAAAGAAGGGCACCAAGAAGGACACAAAGAAGGGUUUAUGGACAAGAUGAAAGACAAGUUCCAUGGUGAUGAACAUGACAAGGGUGGUGAGAAUAAGAAAAAGAAGAAGGACAAGAAGAAGCAUGGACAUGAAAAACAUGGUGACGGUAGCAGCAGCAGCAGUGACAGUGAUUAGAUAUA